CCAAGAAGAUGUCCCACUGUCCGUCCCAUGUCACUGCUGCAUGUCCUGAUGGCUGGGUCGGGUACCAAGGAAAAUGCUAUUACUUCUCAGGGAGUGAAGGGAGCUGGAGCGCUAGCCAGAAUAACUGCUCUUCCCUGGGUGCCUCCUUGGCAGUGAUUGACUCCCAGCAAGACCUGGAGUUCAUGCUGCGCUGUAAAGAGCCCCCCCUCUACUGGAUCGGCCUGCGGAGGGACUCCCCUGGCCAACCCUGGAAAUGGACCAACGGGACUGAAUUCAAUACGUGGUUUCAGAUCGGAGGGGACGGGUCUUGUGCCUACCUGAACAAUCCUGGUGUCAGCUGCUCCCAGUGCUACUCGGAGAGACGCUUCAUCUGCAGCCAGCCAGAUGUGUGCGCCAGAGGGAAUCCAAACGCUGCAGGAGAGGGCUCAACGCAGAAACUCACCUAAAGGAUCAAUGCAAAUUUCAAACCAUGU